UGAAAGUGGAGAAAAAACGACUUUUAUUAUCCCAAACUUGAAUCCAAAAAGUUCCGGACAAACCAAACAAAAUCCCUAAAAGCUAAUCUCACUUCUUCCAUGGCAGCUAGUGCAAACCUUCCAUCUUCAAUCACCUUACUCUUCAUUUUGCUCCUCUUACUGAACUACAGCUCUUCAUCUUCCUCAAUUCUUGGAUCAGCCAAGACUUUAACUGAAUCAGCAAAUCAGAAACAAACAAAAAACAACCAGAAAAAUCAGAUCCCGAAUUGCGAAGAAGUGGUCGAUAAAUCUCACUGUGUUUCCGAUCCUAAAUGUCGAUGGUGUCGCAGCGAAGUCCUUGAUUCUAUGUGUACUUCUAAGCUUGAAGCUUGGCGUCUUCCUUCUCAGUGCCCUCACGUGCGGGAUCCAGCUGGAUUUGCCCUUAAUUGUGUCAAGACCUUAAGAGAUGCUCGCAAUGGUACCAUCAGUUGUAAAAUAGUAAAGGACAAUAGCAUUGUUCUUUGAGCAGCUCCUUGCCAGCAGUCAUAUGCUAUGUUUUCUAUAUCUGAAUCAAUGCAACUACUCAUUUGCAACCUCUUUUUAUUAUGAUCAUCUGAGUUUCUUAGUCUAUAAAUAACCAUGUAAUGAAACUAUUUAAGCAUAGACAAGAAUGAAAUCAAAUGAUAGUUAUGUACUCAUCUUAAUGUAUUCUCUAUUUUAUAAAUCUGUUCUCUAACUUGGGUUUUCUCUUCUUUUGAUCUAUAGCUUCUGUUGGUGUUAUAAUUAGAGCUAUUAAUUGGGCCAACGGGGCAAAGCCCUUUUAGACUUAACCUGCCCAACUCAUUUUAAAAAAGUUCUUCCAAUGAUAUUUUAGUCUUACUUUGUAGUCAUUUGGGUUGACCCGCCUAUAUAUAGUAAUGUCAUAGGACCCUUUCCAGCCCGACCUUGACUCUUUGCAUCAAAGCCCGACAAUGAUUUGAUUCAUUAUUAACUCGACCGAUUAAUGAUUCACUCCUGACCAGUUAGGUUGACCAGUCCCAUUGAAUAUCUCGAGUUAUCAUUUUGACUAAUACAUUAGGCUAACUAUGUAGAGGUUUACAUUGUAUAAGAGCAAGUUCAUGACAUCUAUCCUAUCUCUACAUAUCAAGUUCUUGCUCUUCCAAAGCUACUCUAAAACAGAAGUCUUUUAAAGAGUUUAAGAA